CUCCAUUCCUUGCGUCAACUCUCUCUCUCUCUCUCUCUCUCUCUCUCUCUAAGCUAAGCUUGAAGAUCCUAAAGCUCCUCAAUUUUUUUCCGCUUUCUUCCUUAUUUUAUGUUGCUGUUUUCUGCUCACAUUUUCAGUAAGGUUUCCGAUCAGGAGGAAGUUUUGCUGUAGAAUAUAUCAAACGUCUCUGCAGAAUAGUAAUAUAUAGCUAGGGAAAAGAUUUGAUUUUCGCCCAGGUAAAAUGGGAGAGAGCUUAGUGCAGAACUUUCAUCAAAACAAUCGUGGAACUGUAGAAGCAGGUGAACCUUAUGUAGACAAAGAUUUUGCUUCUUUAAUAAAAGAAGCUGCUGAAGUUACUCCCUCUUCUUUUGAGUUCUGUGUUUGGUCAGAAAAGGGAAUUAAUCUUCAUGUUGAUUUAAAUUCAUCCCCAUCAGAUUGGACUAACAGAUUUCGAAAUGAGGUUCAAGUACGUGAGACUAUGUACGGAAACAAGUCCUGGAGUCUCCGGCAGGAUCUUGCUUGCUUAGGAGGGAGCGCUACACAAGAAAGAUGUUCCUUGUGGGAUGCAAAUCCUGUCCAAAUUGAUGCUCAUAAUGGACUGGCUAAAUCUUCCUCAAGCUUGAAAUUCACAAAAGAUAGUGUUGUAAAGUUAGACCAACGGAAUAAAGUUAAAAGCCCAUUAAUAUCGGAUUCAGUAACUCCAUGCAGCAUGAAUGUGAAAGCAGCAGCUAAUUCAAAGGAGGUAAAUCAAUGCUCUGCCUUAGCUAAACCAGAUGUUAAUGUAGUAAAUAACUUGAUGCAAGAUCAGUCCACUCUCUCAGCUGAAGAAAGUUAUGGUGUACCUAGCAAUUUUAUUUUUGGUGCUGAAUCUUGUGCUAAAGAUGCGUCUAAGGCCUUCUUUUAUUCGGAUGCUACUGGUACUCCUUUCAAGUCACUUUGUGAUUCUGUUGGCAACUCACUGUCAGAUCUGGGGACACUGGCAUAUCAAUCUUCAAAGCCUGACGAUGAAUGUUUUCAAGAUUGUGAUCUGCUAAAUGAUUCUUGCUGUGUGAACCCAGGGGUGGUGUGUCCAGGUGCUUCAUUAAGCAGUUCUAUGGAGCUACAAAUUUCAGAAGCUGCAAGUUGUCAUAAAUAUCCUUCAGUUUCACUCUGUGAAAAUGAUGGAUCCCUGGAUUUAAGUGAACCAAAGAAUACUUCAGAUACAGAACAAUGUGGCCCAGCUAUUGAUGGGAACAAUUUCGCAGCACUAACUGAAGAAUGGGUGGGGAUGAGUGUGGAUGGCAGGGAGAGUUCAUUAUGCUCCCAGUUAGAUGAUCGAGUUCAGAAAUUUGGCCAAGGUUAUGAUGAUCAGGGUUCUAAAAUGAAGCUUUGCAAAAAGAGAAAACGUGACUCUGAAAUUCAAGCCUCAAGUGGCACACCUGUUACAAGAAUUUUAAGGAGCAUGAAGAAUACUGUUGCAAGAAUCCUGCCUAGAAGAUCCAUGCGACGAAUGUCGAAGGUUCUUUGACAUUCUUCUGACGUAUCGUUACAGCAUUUAUAUUGAAUUCCUGAAGUGCUUUGGGUGCCACUUGGAGGCAUUAGUUACAGAUCUUCCAAUGAAAUUAUCAUCCACGUUUUGAAAGUGGAUGAAUGAAAUUUAGUAGGUUGCUUCAUUCUUUUGGAAGAGUUAGAAACUUAGAAUCACAGAAAAAUAAGAAUGCGAGGUAGCUAUUUUGGGUAAAUUCCAAUUAAACAGUUAGAAAGUGAGCCAUAUAGGUCUUUCUAUUUUUGGUAUUUAGAAAAACAACUAUUGCAUCUUUUUUAAUAUUUUUCCUUUGUGACACUAUUGCUUGUUGUAUAUUUAUAUGUAACUGAUUAUUCAUCAUUGGACUUGCCAAGCUUUGAUCUGGCAUAUUUAAUUUUGUGAACACAUGCAGGAUAGGAUUGUCUUUUUACCUAUAGUUUGGAUACAGUUGUCAGUAGUUGCAGCUAUUACAUGUAUAUCUUUCUUCUAUGUUCUUGUGGAAAGUGCACCCUUCUUAUCUUUUAAAUAUGUUCUUGUUAAACAGCUUAUAUGUAGUUAUGUUGCUGAGCAUAUAAGACCCAUGCAUUUUUAUUCUUCAUCUUGA